AUGUCUGCUCCAACGGCCAAGUUCAGCUUUAUCAGCGUCCCACCAGUCACCACCACCGUCGCUACAGUGUCCAGCGUGACCGUCGUGGCAACAGUCACGCCUUUAGUGACGACGACUGAGACAUUAACCGAGACUAUUGUGGAAACUGUUGAAGUGACGGCAACCGUCACUGCUCCAGCGAAACGGGACGUUCAGGUUGAUAAAUGGGCUCCAGGCCCGCUCAAGCGGCAACCCCAGCUCACCAACCCAGCCACGAUUAAUAUUCCUGCGACGAGACUCUUCCCAUCGACCAUCUUAUCGGCUGCUUGCUCUUGCAUCAAGUCGGGAGUUUCCUUGAAGACGGUAUCCGUUACGGCUACGUCUACUGUAUCUGUCACUGCUACGGCCGAGAUAGCGACUAUUACCGAAUUCAGCGAGGUGACUACAACCACAACCGCCACGGCAACAAAGCUCAUGACUGUUCCCAAUCCCUGCCCAAUUUCCCCGCUUAUCAACGGCGGCUUUGACUCCGGUGACCUUAACGGUUGGCACGCGAACACUCUUUGGUACGAUGCGCAGAACACCGUCCAAGUCUUACCGGGCGGCGCUGUGGGACCUAACCAUUUGGCGGUGCCCCUCACCGUGCACAGUACAUUUGGACUCGCUUUCGUUCAGAUGCAGCAGGAAAUGAAGACUUGCGCCGGCAAGACCUACGAUCUCAGUCUCCGCUACUUCGCCGAGAGGGUGGAGCCUAAUUUAUACUUCCGCGCUAUGGCCGGAGACAAGAUUCUCGUUCAACGUCACAUGGAAACUGAAGCCCUUGCUGGAUUUGGCAGCUGGAUUACCGAAACUAGUACCUUCACGGCGACCGGUGCAAGCACUACGUUUGAAUUUCAGUUUGUUGCUGGAACCUAUCACGUAAACACAUUCCACAUUGAUGACGUUAUCAUUACACAGAGCGUUUGA